UUCAAUCUUUCAAUCAAUUUAAGGAAUUUCAUACAAAUAGAUUAAAUGAAAAAAUAUGAUACUUAGAGAACUGUGAGCGCUUCUAAUUUAAUUUUUAAUUCUCAGCAAAACUAAUAGAAUAACCCAAGUGAUUAUAAUAGUUAAAAUAAAGCAGCUAACUUUUAGGGUUUUGAAAAUAAGUAUGAAUCUGCUUCUUUUCAAUCAUAUGGGAUUGGAAAUUUUAUGAAUCCUAUUAAUUAUUCUGUUCGAUAAACGCAAUCAGUUAGCUAGCCUUCAAACGUUUUAAAAGUUCAGGUUAAUAACAUCCAGUAAUCAUAAGCAAUAAUCAGUUAGGCUUCAUAGAAUUAGUAAAAUAUCCAAGUAAAAAAAUAAAAUUUUAUAGUUAAAAAUGGAGUGAAAGUUAAGAGCUCUACUUUUUACAACGGAUAGGCAAACCAAAACUAAAAUGUUGCAAAUACAAGUUUGCUAAAUAACACAGAAAAAGUAUAGUACAAUUAAAGUAGCAACAAUAAUAAGUUAAAUGUUAACAUUGGGAAUAGCAAUAGAUAAAGUAUUACUAGUAGUAAUGCAAAUCACUUCAAAAAUAACGAUGAUACCUUCAGCAGUGAUGUUAGUGGAGGAUUUUCAUCUGAAGAUGAUACUGAAAAUUAGAGAAAUUAGGGUUCAAAUAAUAAAAACUUCAUAAACUAAUAUUAUGACUAUUACCACCAUAAAGAAGAAUAAGAACCAAAGCGUCAUUAUUUAGAAGAUUUACCUCCUUAGCCUAUUAUCGACAAGCCUUAUUCACUUGAACCUGAUAUGCUUUUUGGGUGGGUACCAAAAAUACACUUUAAUGGACCUAUUCCCCUCAAUUUUAAGAAUUCAACUAUCGAUAAAAUAAUAAGAGAAUUAGGGGCUAGUACUUCAAUGUAUUACAAUUAAUACAAGCUUUGUUACAUAGGUUUUAGACCAUACACUUCUCUUUAAUUGCAUCAAUAGUAUUCUGGAAACGAUUCUUACACCUUUCGUUAUGAUCAUUUGUUCACCAAUGAUUAUCCUCACUUAGCUCCAUUUUUCGAUAUGUUUACUAAAAAAUUUAGAGAACCUGUGAAACCUCCAUUUCAAGGAAACAACCCACUUUACACAUAGAGAAAAGAUAUUUUAAAAUUUGAUUCUAUUUUUGAAAGUGGAAAUUUGGAUAUUGCAGUAAAAAUUGAAAACACAGAUGAAUAUGAUCUUUUCAUGAGAGUUGAUUCUAACACAAAAGGGCAUUUUUAAUGGUAUUACUUCAAAGUAUAGGGAGCUUCUAAAGGAUAAAAAGUUAAAUUUAAUAUCUGCAACUUCUAUAAAAAGAAAUCUCUUUACACAAGAGGAAUGAAACCUUAUAUUCUAUCAGAAGUUGCUUUGAAGCAUUUAAAAAAAGAUUGGACCUAAGAAGGAAACAACGUCAGCUACACUAAAUAAAAUUACAGAUACAAUUUUUUGUAUGAUGAAGACGAUAACGGAAAAUAACCUUACCAACUAUCCUUUGAAUAUGAAUUUUUAUAUGAAAAUGAUACUGUGUGGUUUGCCUUUUGUGUUCCUUACACCUUCACUAAGCUAAUUAAAUUCCUUAAAGAAACUAUGAAGUAGCAUCAUAGCUAGAACAAGGAUUUUAUCACUGAAGAAAAGCUGUGUCAAACAAUGAGUGGGAUAGAUGUACCUCUUUUAACAGUGACAGAUAAUGUUGAUAUGACUAUUCCUUAUAAAGACAGAAAAGUAGCUCUUAUUUCUGCCAGAAUUCAUCCUGGUGAGUCUAAUGGCUCUUGGUUGAUGCAUGGUUUCCUUUAGUUUUUGUUUGGAGAUUCAGAAGAAGCAAAAAAAAUUAGAAAAAACACGAUUUUUAAAAUUAUUCCAAUGCUAAAUCCAGAUGGUGUUAUUGCUGGGAAUUACAGAACGGGAUUUGCUGGGAGGGAUUUAAAUAGAGUAUUUCACUCUUCAGAUAAGAUUUUAUAUCCAACUAUUGUGAGUAUGAAAGAUUUAACGCUUGAAUUGAAGAGAACUUAUGGAAAGAAUUUUAAUAUCUUUAUUGAUUUACAUGGACAUUCAGUUAAGAAGAAUGUAUUUGUAUAUGGACCUGAAUUUCCUAUAUAUGAUUUAAAUUAUUACAAGUGUCGUAUUUUUCCUAAGUUGAUGGGAGAGCAAACUGACAUGUUCAGAUAUUAUUCAAGCAUUUUUAAGAUAUCUCCUGGCAAGAAAAACACUGGUCGUGCUAUAUUAUUUAGUUAAUUUGAUAUCUAACUAAGUUAUACAAUCGAGGCUUCGAAUGGAAGCUUUUACAGAAACGGAUUUUCAAAAUUUUUUAAUAGUGAAUUCUUGCUUGAAAUGGGUGUCGUUAUUGGCAAAUCAUUAUAAAAAUAUAUUACUUCGAUUAUUGAUUAUGAAUCUAUGGUUGAAAGAAAGAGACAAUAGUAGUAAAGGUCAAAUGAAGCAUUAAAUUAAAAUUAAAUGGGUGUUAUUCACAGUGACGAUGAGAAUAAUAUUAUGAAAAAACUACAACUUCAACAGCAACACCAUGAAUUUUUAGUUGAUGAUAAAGUUGCUGAAGAUUAAAAGGAAGAAAUUAAGGAAAAUAUAAGAAAGAUGAAAAAGAAAGAAAAGAAAAUUGAUAAGAAGAAGAAAAGAAAUAAAAAAUAAGAAGAAUAAAAUGCAUUCAAUAACGAAUAACUCAAAGGACUCCCAUUUUCGAAUCUAUUUAAUUUAGAUAAUAUUGAAUAAGACUCGAAACCUGCCAGAUAAGAUGAGUCAGAUAAUUAUUCAGAAGGAGGUUCAGACUCUGAAUCUUCAGAUGAAGAUUAUGAUAAAAAUCAUAUUAAAAUGCUACAAAAAAAUAUCAGUGUUAAUAGAGAAAUGUUUAAGUCUAUUUUCAAAAAUGUAAACAAUAAAAAAUCAUCUAAUUAAACAACCACAAGCAAUUAGGGAAAAAGAAAUUCUAGGAAAGGAAGAUCUUUGUUAAGUACAUCAAAAGAUCCUAAUAAGAAUAAUUUGUCAGAUUCUAAUUAAAAAAUAAGGAAUAACAGUACUUCUACAGAAAAUAGAGAAUAAAAAGUUCCAGAGAAGAAGGGAAUUUAUGUCUCAAAAACAAUACAUAUGAGACCACUAACUGCUUACUUAACAAAGAAGAACUCUAAUGUUGAGAAAAUAGAGGAAGAAUAAGCAAAUGAGUUAAAAUUAAAAGAAUAUAACUCCAACAGACCUUCAACUGUUGGACAGAAAAAGAACAAUAAAAAUGAUAUUAAAAGCAACAAUCAAAACAGCAAAAAGAAUUUACUUCCAUAAUAGAAUGUUUAAGCAAAAGAACAAUUAAAUGUAAUUAAUUUUUAGUAAACAGUUAACAAAAAUGCAUAGAAACCUCCUAUUAAUGGUAAAUAAAAUGCUAGCAAAACUUGGUUGCUCAUGAUGAAAAGUGUAAGUGAGUACGAGCAAGAAAAGAAGCAAAAGCUUGAAUAAGUAUCUCAACAAAUCUAGCCUCCAUUUUCAUAAUCAAGAGAGGACUUUUUUGAAGAAAUAAAGGAAAGAGGUACUUUUAGCAAUUAUUAGGGUGAAAUAAAUAAAAAUAGUGCAACAAAUAAACUUUAAAAGCAAGCAGAAUAACAACUUUCUUCAACAUUUACAAGAUUUAAAGGAGUAGAAAAACAGCUAAUUUAACAAGAAGAAUUAGAGUUAAAAAAUAUAAAUCAAAUCUUAAUUAACACUCCUAAUUCAAUUGUAGAUCCAGUUUAAGAGUAAUACUUUAGAAAAUCGAAGUAAGAAGGAUUCAAACCUAAAGGAAAUUGUCCAUCUGCUUUUUAUGCUAUGAAGAAGCAUUUUAAUUUAAAAAAAAGAGAAGAAGACAGGCCCUAAUAAGAUAAAAAUUUUUAAAGAAUACCCCUAUUAGGAAACAAUAAACUGUAUUAAAGCUACUAAGCUAAAGUGUAUGGCUAAAUACCCUAUAGAGAUGGUUCCCUUAACAACAAUAUAACAAUAUAAAAUAAUAUUCAAAAUAUUAAUUAAAAGUGA